AUGCUCCAAUUUGGUAUUCCACAAUCUUUAACACACUGUAUCAACUCACUUUUCUUCUCCACUAACAUUCAGAUCAACAUUAAUGGCCACAUCACCACGGCACCUCUUCCUCAAGAAAGAGGCCUUCGCCAAGAUGAUCCACUCAGUCCCCUCCUUUUCAACAUUGCUUUUGACCCUUUCCUCCGCUCCAUUCAACAGAACCCUACUUUUGAGGGUUUCCAUGUACAACAAGAAGCCCCACCACAUCCAUCACCUACUGCCGGCGUGGACGAUCUAACCGAAAGCCUCACCAACUCAUCCUCUCCGCCAGACUCCCCUCGCAACACUCCUUCAGUCUCUCCCACCCAUUGCAAUCCAAUUAAGUACAAAAUUCUAGCCUAUGCAGAUGACACAUUAGUCUAUUUGAAGAACUUUUCGGAUUUUCUUCUUCUGCAGGACUCUAUCAAUACAUACAUGAAAGCAUCGAAUGCACUACUAAAUUACAGGAAAACUAUAGCCAUUUCGCUCUCUGGACACCCACAACCAGAUUGGCGCGAGUUUCUUGCUACUCACCAAAUUCACCAAAUGCAUGACCGCACCUCUCCUGAUCCAGUAACAUAUCUUGGCUAUCCCAUAUGCUCCAGUCUAUCCCAACGCAACCUCGCUUUCCAGCAACUCUACAACAAUAUCCAACAAUGCAUCCAUAUUCACUCCCAACGGAACCUCUCCAUUCGUGGAAAAGCAACCGCUCUCAAUACACUCAUUUUCUCGAAACUCUGGCAUGUCAUGCGCAAUUUUAUUUUCACCAAAGCUCAAUUACUCUCCUUACGCAGCCUUGGGUCCUCCUUCAUUAACUUUCGUAUCUUCCCCAAACUAUCCUUUAGAACCCUUCAACAGCUUCGCCAUCAUGGCGGCCUCCAAGUUUUAGAUCCCAUUGUCCAAUAA